AUGGCACAUUGUGAUUUUCAAAUCAUAUAUGAGCACUUGGUCAUUAAGGGAAUGGACCCUACAUAUAACUUUUGGUACCAUCAUGGGGAAGUAUGUGAAGGAGAUGAAAUGGAGAAUGAAGUUGAUGAUAGUUUUAUGUGUGAAGCAACAAACUUCUAUGAGAGCACAUAUAUGGGAAAAGAGGACAUCAUUCAUGACAAUUCUACAUCAAGGAAGGAAAACAAAUUUUCGCAUAAGGUGGAAGAGGCAAAUACACCAUUGUAUGGUGGUUGUAAGAAGUAUACAAAGAUGUCAGCAGUUGUAGCAUUGUACAAACUGAAAACUUUUAAUGGUUGGUCAGAUACAAGCUUCACCAGCCUUUUGGGGCUUUUGCAUGACAUGCUCCCAAUGGACAAUGUUAUUUCAAGAUCCAUUUAUGAAGUUAGAAAAUUAUUUAAGGAAUUUGAUUUAGGUUACCAAAAAAUUCAUGCAUGUGUUAAAGACUGUUGCCUAUUUAGAAAUGAGAAUGAAAAGUUAGAAAGUUGUCCUCAUUGUGCAAGUUCAAGAUGGAAGAUUGAUGAACGAACAAACCAAAUCAAACAAGGUGUGCCCGCCAAGGUAUUGAGAUACUUUCCUAUCAUUCCACGACUUAAACGUAUGUUUAAAAUAAAUGAAGUUAGUGAAAGUUUACGGUGGCAUUUGAGUCAUAAAAGUACUGAUGGAAAGAUCAGACAUCCUGUUGACUCUGUUGCAUGGGAAACAAUUGAUAAAAAAUGGCCUGAGUUUUCAAUGGAUCCACGUAAUCUUAGGUUGGGCCUUGCUACAGACGGGUUUAACCCCUUCUCCAAUUUAAGUAGUCGAUAUAGUUGUUGGCCGGUCAUGCUUGUUACUUACAAUCUUCCUCCUUGGUUAUGCAUGAAAAAAGAAAACAUAAUGUUGACACUGUUGAUUCCUGGUCCCAGACAACCCGGAAAUGAUAUUGAUGUAUAUCUACAACCCCUUGUGGAAGAUUUACAACAACUAUGGAAAGGAAUACAAGUUUAUGAUAUUGUAGGCAACACACAUUUUAAUUUGAGAUCAAUUCUUAUGUGGACUAUAAAUGAUUUUCCAGCAUAUGGAAAUCUUGCCGGAUGCACUACAAAAGGUAAAUAUGCAUGCCCAACAUGUGGAGAUAGUACUCGUUCUUAUUGGUUGAAACAUAGUAAAAAAUUUGCAUAUAUGGGUCAUAGACGAUUCUUGUCAAGGGCUCAUCCAUAUCGAAGAAAAAAAGCAUGGUUUGACGGUAGAAUAGAAGAAGAGUUACCCCCCAAAAUAGCUACAGGUAGUGCAAUUUAUGCCCAACUUCAAAAUUUUAAUAAUUGUUGGGGAAAACGUGAAAAGAAAAAGAGCAAAAGUCAUAAAGAUUUGUCAAACCAAAGGUGGAAGAAGCGAUCGAUUUUCUUCGAUCUACCAUAUUGGAAGGAAUUACCAAUACGACACAACUUGGAUGUCAUGCACGUGGAGAAGAAUGUAUGUGAGAGUAUUAUAGGUACAUUAUUAGAUAUAAAUGGAAAGUCAAAAGAUGGGGUUAAUGCAAGAAAAGACUUACAACUUUUGAAAAUUCGUCCUGACUUGUAUCCUCAAGAUUGUGGAGGAAGAACUUAUCUACCUCCAGCUCCACAUACAUUGUCGAAGUCCGAGAAAAUUAAUAUGACCAAUGAAGUGAGAGCUGUGAAGACAUCUAAGUCUGUUGCACUGAAAGGGAGCCUAGACGAAAGGGACUUUAGACCAUGA